CCUGUUUAUUCAUUUAAAGAAGAUUGAAAGCUAUAAAAUCAAAUAUUUUUUGUGUGGUGCAUUUACAGAUAACCAGCAGAUAACAUAGUCUACAAUUUAUUCCUGGCAAUUCCAUCUGAUCGUGUGGUCUGAAACUGCUGCUGUUUCCCAAAAUGUCGUCUCUUGCUGCACGUACCGGCUGUACGUUUCGUCACAUGUAGAAAUACUUCAGUACAUAUGGUGAAGUUUGAGCUUCUUCUUCAUUGCAUUCCAAUGCGUUGUACAGUGUGAUUUGUUGGAGAUGGCUGGUGAAGAACUGAAGAUGUUCCUCUUGCAGGCUUGCUACCUUUACCGGUUGUAGCUUUUGUCACAUGCAGAAGCACUUUAGAACAAUUUAAGUAAACAUUGCUUGCUGCUGUUGAUUGUUGUCCUCAAGUACUUCACCACCGAGGUUCCAGAAAAUUUCACUACAAUUUUUGCUGCCCCGAGCUGCAUCACCAAAGAGCCUGAGUACUACACCAUGGCUUCCAAGUACUACACCACCAAGGCACCGAAGUUAUAUACGACUACGUAUGCUGCCCUAACCUGCAACUGCCAAACCGUGACUCCCAAGUAAUACUGUGCUUCAGUUACUACACCGAGGCUGCAACUUACACCACCAAAGCUGCUGAAUACUUUAACGAAGCACCCAAGUACUACACCUUCAAGACUAUAGAAUAUUACACCAUAAGUUAUGCUGUCUCGAGCUACUACACCGCAGCCCCUAAGUAUUUUUCUGCUCCGAGCCCGAGUACUUCACCAAGGCCCUGGAGUACUACACUACCACUUACGUUGCCCCAGAUCAUUACACCACCGAAUCACCUGAGUACUACACGACUACGUGUGCUGCCUCAUCCUACUACACCGAGACUCCCAAGUGCCCGGAGCUACACAACCACAACGUAAGCGGUGGAGUACUUCGUAGCCCCAAAUCACUACACAGCUACUCCUUCGUACUACGUUAAACUAAAAUACUACAACGAGACUCCAGUCUACUACAUCACAACCUACGCUACAUCUAACUACUACACCGAAAAAAUCGAAUAUUACACAACCACGUACGCUGCUCCAGUUUACUACACCAAAAGGAGAGAGAAAGGCAAUCGAAAAUCAGUCGAAUGAUUAUCUCCGACACAACAAAUGCAGUGCACUAUUUGUCAUCAACUGCAAUUUUCUUCGUAUCAUUAGUAUAUUAAUCAUUGGUAAAUUAUGGCGUAAUGCUGCUGUUGGAUGUUGCAUCGUUGAUGGCUGGGUCAACAACUGGUGUAACGGUAUCUUCUGGGUAUGGCGGAUAUUAAAUCACAACAUUUCCUUCUUGUUACUGUUCUUCUUGUUACAAUAUCAACCAACGCAUCUCUAGCUUACUACCGAUUUGCAAUCACGGAUACACCAAUGCACCUGACUCAUCAUAGGAAAUGUGAUAUUAUCCUGGGCUCCUGGCUAGUGAUUGGCGAGCUGUUGAGAAAACCCAUUGUCGUGUUUCGUGAUUCGGGAAGUGGCGGAAAUACAGGUGUAUAACCUCGCACAAAGGACUAUUGUUGUUAACGAUUUCAGGAAAGUACAUUCCAAGUUCCGGCAUCGCCCUCUUUCGGUUUCGUUCAAAGUAGCUCAUCCCUCUCUAGCAAAACAGUCGCGGGUAAUAUCAGUGUCUUAUUCGAACCCCCCGAACAGAAACGUUACCGUGUGUUUGACAUUAAACAUUCAAAAACAUGUUUUUCGUGAUAUGAGUUUUAAAGUAGGUACCUAAAGGCUUGAAACCUGCUUUUAUUGUGUGGUAUACAACAACAUGAAUCGUGUAUUGUCAUUCUUUGUAUCGGUGCUUAUUGUGAUACCUGCCGUGAUUGGGUAUGGUAAUGGGAUGGCCUCACCCAAAGUUAGCGUGAUCGCGCAUAUGAUCAACACACCCAACGCUGUUCGUUGGGCAUUGAACCAAGGUGCAAAUGGAAUCGAGAUUGAUUUGAAGUUUGAAGGUACUCGGCCCAGUGUAUUUUACCAUGGUUUUCCCUGCGAUUGCACCUGCUUACUCCAGUUCUUAACAAAUCGACAUAACAGAUGCGGCGCCCUAGGAGAAGGCUGCUCUGCUUCCACCAACGUGACAGAAAUGACAAACUUCUUGGGAAGUUCUGAAAUUAUUUCAUCUAAACUUGCAUUGAUUUAUAUCGACGCCAAACUUGACAAGUCGGUGCGAAAUUACGCUGAAGCAGGAGCCAAUGUCGUUCGAUUGUUCAACGAGCAAGUUCUUGCACGAGGCUUUCGUGGCCAGAUUCUUCUUGGAUGUCUAACAAUUUUAUAUUCAGAUUACCUGCGAGGUGCUUUACGAGAAGCCGCCAGAUCUAAUUACACCGAUCGCUAUUUCUACACUAUCGACAACGAAGGAGAUCACGCCUUCAAAGUAUUGGACGAUUCACUUCAACUCGGGACAAAUAAUCUCGUCUACGCGACUGGAAUCACCGCUUGUUUACCUGUCACUUUUCACGAUGCCAUUCAGUACAGCCUUGAGAAAAAGACGUAUGCUGCUGUUGGCAUUUGGACAAUUGAUCAAGAAUAUUCCAUGAGAAGUUACCUGGAUAUUUGUGUCGACUUCAUUUUGACUAACAGGCCCAAAAGAGCUGCUGAACUGAUCGGCCUUGACAACAUCCCGUUACCUGGUUCAGCUCUAAAGGCUAAAUCGCGGGACAGGGUCAUGAUUUCGUAUGCACCUUUUUGGGAAUGCGACUGCAGUUAUUUUUAUCGAUUCAUAGGUGGCGGUUGUGCUAUAACGAAGAUGGCUCCACCAAAUCACGCGUGUGAGUGCUUUUAUGUGGGUGCUUGGAGCUGUAGUGGUCAAACGAUUAAGUGUCCCGAUCUAAACGACCGUUUCUGCCAAUCACCGGACACUUCAGAAGCCUCUUGUUUGUUUGGUGGUGGAGACUGUAACGGAUACUUUUAGUUGUUGUUUUAUUUUCUUCAGAACUGGCCAAAUGUUGGUCGUAAGAAAGAUUUCUCAGACAUGAAAUACUAUUUAAAGUCCAAGUGUGUGGGACAAAUGAUCUUUUCAUGUCCAUGAAAUAAUUCAAAAUAACCAACUUAGCAUAUACAACCACCCAUGCAGACCUCGGGAAAACCCACGCACCGUCAGCAACACUCUGGACGAAGAAAUUUGGGAUAAUGCAUUUAUGAUUGUUCUUUUAUGCUCACGCUACUCCAGUAAAUAUGCGUGAAUAAAAUAACACAUAAAAUUUUUUUUAAAUAAUUUAUAUUAAAAGUUGAUCUGUUUUCAUUUCCAUUUUAACCCGCAUGCACAGUAUAUGUAUUCAUAGGCAAAUUAGGGACAUAAAAAGGCGCAUUUGUAAUAAAUUACAUAAGGGUGAAUGCUUAUUAAAGCCGGCAUGGAUGAUCAAAUUACGGAAAAGGAAGGGUGGAUCCAUCGCUGAUUAAUAUUUCAAAGCUCGUGUAGCGUUAAAACAUCUCUGCAAUGUAGAAAACUCGUCGAUUGAUCCUUUAAACUCUUGAAAAAUGUACAUUAAUCUGGAUAUGGUAUAUCAUGUUGUUGAAUGAUGGCCAGAAAAAUCGCACAAUAUUUGGAAGGAAACUAAAUUUCCAGGAACCUUCCUCCGCCUUUCGCCACAGGGCUCUAUAAUAAGUCAAAAAAUUGCUUUGAAAUUUAAGCCGAGUGCGUAUGGGUGCAGUCACGCUCGUUCCUGCUCUCGACCGUCUCGCCACAUAUAUACGGCUCAUACAAAUAUACCGUUCAAGGCCACUGGCAUG